CUCCUUCUACCCUCUUCCGUUACUCUUAGUCAUACAUACCUAAUUAUACAUAGCCAAUCUAGUCAUAAGCUUAUACACUCAUACACCCAUCCUUAACAUACCAAUAUUAUCGAGAAACUUAUCGACUAAUCGACUCGCCACUCUGCAGAGAGCACGGCAGUCAGUCGCUGUUGAACCAAGCUAAAGGACAGAUCAAAAUAAAAGAGUCACGUGAAAUUGUAUUAGAAUAUUAACUUCUGUAAACGGCGGCUAAAAUCUCAGAAGUGGGAUUAAUAAUCCAAAAUGGACGAUAAAAUCAUCCUGAACGACUUUUCGCUGACAACCCUAAAAGAUUGGCUACGUAUUCUGGGCCAAAAUACGGAGGGCACAAAAACCGAAUUAAUCGCGAGGCUGCAAGACAUCCCAACGGCAGUUCGGGGCGAUUGUCCACCGGAGCACCCCCAGAAAAACGCUCCACCAGGAAACGACAUUUUUUCUUCACUGGAUUUUCAGAAUUGUGAAAUUAACACCGAUCACGUAAGUGUGAAUGCAAUGAACAGAAAAGAAUCAACCGAAACUGGCAGUGAGAGGGAGACAAACAUGUUCGAGCUACAGCAACUACGCGCAGAGCUAGCAGAAGCGAAGGCAAUGCUUAACGGAACACGAUCGAGCUCGCAGUUCCAAGAACAACAACAACCAGAGCAAAGCAAGGCUACAGUUAGUUCCGUUAUCCAGACGGCGCAGUUUACGCAGGCUGGCGCCACAAAAGAGAACACAACAUUUCACUCGCCGCAGCGAUCCAACGAGAGAGCGGAGAGCCAGCGUUUUCCAGUUGAUGCUCUCGCUCUCGCCAAAGAGACGAUAACCGAUUACGAUGGGAAAACUUGCGCGCGUGCCUGGAUAACAGUGGUCAAAAAUAUCGCACGCACUUUCAACAUCGAUGACAACCAUUUACGCAUCUUACUCAUCACUAAACUUAAAGGAAACGCGCAAGUCUGGUUACAUGCGCACCCUGCUCGAUUGAUCGAACCAAUUGACAAUUUGCUUGAUCAACUGUCAUUGACUUUUGGCGAGCAAUCAUCCAAGGCUGAGAUCCGGCGAAAAUUCGAGAGUCGCAAGUGGAAAACCGAGGAGAAUUUCUGCAGUUAUUACGACGAGAAGAUGGCUCUCUCAAACGGGAUAAACAUCGACGACGACGAACUACUGGACCAGAUGAUAGAGGGCAUACCGCUGCAAAAUUUCCGUACCCAAGCACGGAUUCAAUGCUUCUCUACUCCGUCGGAGAUGCUACGCGCAUUUUCGAACAUCCGUUUGCCAGCUCGGAGGGAGCCACCUGUACAGCCAACCGACUACAAAGAUGCCAUACGAUGCGCAAACUGUAAUUCAAGAGGACACAAAGCUGACAUCUGCAAGAAGCCCAAACGUGAACCAGGUUCGUGCUACUCCUGUGGACAACUUGGACACCUGGUGGCACAAUGUCCCACAAGGAAGAGCGUUUCAACUAAUAAUUAUAAUGCCUCAUAGACUCUGGCAGUCCUAUAUCUAUCAUUAAAAAGUCACUUAUUAACGAGACAAUGAAGUUAGCCCUAGUUAAUACUUGCUAUUUUGGUUUAAACAACUGUAUUCUCAAAACACAUGGACAAACCACAUGUUAUGUAUUGAAAGGAUCAAUAAAAAUAUAUUUUCGUUUAA